UCUGUUUACCCCGCGGAAGUUUGUCUGUGGCGUGUAGAUGGGAUGUUGUUAAUUUGCGUUUAGUAAAGGGACUUACGGAGACAUUUUGCUCAUUUUUAGGGUGUGUUGAUAGUCUGUUGCAGGAACAGAAGAGAGUUUUUGAGGGGGAAAAAUGUUGGAGUGUGGCAUGCUGGAGCGGGACAGGCAGGCUCUCCGAAGAAACUCAGCUAUCCUGUGCAGACAGCUGGUGGUAGAUGAGCUGCUCAUUCAGUCACUGCAGGCAGACGACAUCCUCACGGAGAGCAUGGCUGAGAGCAUUAUGGCAGAGCAAACGUCUCAGAAACGCAGCUGGCGUUUGCUUCUACUCUUACCAAAACGUGGACCCAGAGCCUUCAGCAGUUUCUGCUCAGCUCUUCAAGAUACUGAACAGAAACACCUCUAUGACCUGCUCAUAAAAUCACCAGAGAAAGAUGGCAGAGAGACACACACAGAUAGUUUUCAGCCUGAGGAGGAGCCACAGGAGAAGGCAGGGCAGCUGGUUAUGGAAAGAACAAAAAAGAAGAGAGAGAGGUCUACGGACUCUUCUCUUCCGCUUCCAACUCAGGAGGAAAUUGCAGCCAAGAGAGCAAGGACACAUGAAUCCAUGGAGUUUAGUCUGGAUGCUGACAGUCCCAUCAACACUCCGGUCCUACCCUGCACGCCUGACUUUUACCUCUCCCGCUGCCAGCAGUCUUACAGGUUGAGUUCAUCGCCUCGUGGUUUUGGCUUGGUGAUCAGUAAUGUGACCUUUGACCCUUGUGCUGCCCCUGACCUUGACCCUAGAAAAGGCGGCGAGGUGGAUGAUGAGGUCCUCAGGAAGGUUUUUACAGAGCUGGAUUACAUUGUUGCUGUGCACAGAGACCUCACUGCUCAGGGUAUGAGGACCUGCAUUGAGAACUUUUCCAGACGGCCAGAGCACCGGACAGUGGACAGCUGUGUGGUGUGUCUGCUCUCCCACGGAGUGGAAGGGGCAGUGUACGGUACAGAUGGCAAACUCCUGCAGUUGGACUGGGUGUUUGAGGCCUUUGACAAUGCACACUGUCCACUUCUACAAAACAAACCAAAGAUGUUUUUCAUCCAGGCCUGCAGAGGAGAGGAGAUGGACUGUGGCGUGGAGCAGAUAGACGGGCCAAAGAGGACGUGCUCACCAAGCUGUGAACAGCGGGAUGCUGGCAGGGAGGGACAGGGGGAUGCAGACUCCAGACAGAGGGGGGACACAGGAAGGCCCAGGAUUAAACUUCCCCAGCGGUCGGACAUGAUCUGUGGCUUUGCGUCUCUCAAAGGUCAGAGAAUUUGCACAGCAGCCAUGCGAAACACUAAGAGAGGAUCCUGGUUUAUCCAGGAACUCAACUCAGCACUCCGCCUCCACGCCAGAGACACCCACCUUGCGGACAUAUUGGUGCAGGUGAACAGUCGUAUUAAGGAGAGGGAGGGCUACGCCCCAGGUACCGCCCACCACCGCUGCAAAGAAAUGUCAGAGUUCACCAGCUCAUUGUGCAAAGACCUCUACUUUUUCCCCAAGUACCAGCCCCAGUAUUAAUAUGCACAUUAACACACACAGAUCAUUCCUUGUAUUGAAGCCUGAAGUAAGGGCAUCACAGCUGUUUAUUGCACACCACACACUCACACAUUCCCCCCUGUUACAACUUGACAUCCAAAUGUCUAGUGGUUUUAAUUUAUCCAUUCAAACCACUAGACUCACGCACACAUAUACACAAAUCCUGGAAAGAAAAAAGGAGCGAGCUUCUGUUAAUCUACAUCUACAUGGAAAUGGGCAACCUAUUGGCAUACAAUGUGCUCAUGUAUAUAUUUGUGUGUCUGUGUCUAUGCCAGUUAGAGGGUUUAGAUGUUAAUCCUUUGCAGUCAAACUGCACAGCUACUUUGAGCUUUCACAAGCCUCUUUUUAAAAUGUAUUUUGUACACAGAUCUAUUUUUGUGGCUUUAUUUUAUAUGGAAUUCUUUUUAUAAGGAUUGUAAGGCCCAUUCUUGUAUUUGUACAUAAUGUAUGUUAAAUGUUAUGAACAUUUCUUGUUAUUAACAUAGUGACAGGCAGGGGGCAGCGCAGCAAAAUGCAUUUCAGCAUCUCGAUUUCAUCAAUAUUAACAUCUCCUUCAGUUGAAGAAGAGCUUUAUUGUCAUGGCAGCCAUGGCAUAGGUUACAGACAGCUAUGUUUAAAAUUAAACAAUAGAGUUUUGAACUAUUAAAUUAGAAUAUAUGAUUUUUUUUUCCUCACAUAGUUUGCCUUACGAAAAGAACAACACCGACAGGGCAGCUUCAGUAUGAAGUUUAUUUUCUCACUUUAAAUUAAUGAUGACAUUUACUGAUAUUUAGUAAAUUUCUCUGUCAGGGUGGUGGAGUGCAGUCUGGUGCUACAUGUAGGGUCACUUACAGACAGUACGAACUCUGACCUUUACACAUUUUACUUGUAGUGUUUGUUCCUGCAUAGGAGCUGCAUAUUUAGUCAGUCUCGCCAUUGUAUUUUACUAUAAUCGAUGCACAACACAUAAAAAAGUGUCUUCCAUUUAAAAAAAAGCCUGUGCCAGCUGAGGAUGAUGUGUUGGAUAAGUUUAUGACCAUGGUGCUGCUUUCAUAGCAUAUUAUAAGUCUCUGGCACGCCUCCAAACAAAGUAUUUCUCAAAGCUGCUCCAGAAUUUAUGGUUCCCAGAAAGAAAAGAAAACUGACCAGGCAAAGUAUGUUUUAGUUACAGCAGUGUUGCAGUGAGGGACACAGUGGUUGAAACAGUAUUGGUUGUUAACUAUCAGUAAAGGGAUGAUUUUAAAGAUCCUGUAUAUGAGGCGGUUUUGGCAGAGUUUACCCUGGUCUGAAGUGUGCUCACUCCACUUAUGUUUUAGUUUUAAUAAUUAAGAAACAUAACUUAAGAGAGGAAAAGAUUGGACUGUUAUAAGAGGAUAGUUUUCCUGUAGAAUGAGACGUUUUGCUGCCAAACUCUGCUGAAGUGCUAUGUGGGGUGAUGUGAUGUAGGGUGGCGAGGGGGCAGGAGAGACUUCAAUAUCAAUUACUGCCAAAUGUUGAGUAUAAUAAAAGGC